ACCGGACGUUCAACAAGAAGCACAACAAGGAAGUCUUCAGAGUCCGCAGUUCAACUCUUCUAGAGGUUUCUGAGAGCAAAUGUUUCCCUCGUAGCGCAGGAUGCCUGGUGAAAGACUGGAGGAGAGGACGUUGGAGGUGUCACAGCUGCCUGAAGGUGUGGAUGAGGAGCUUCUGUCUUUAUACUUUGAGAACAAGCGGCGCUCCGGUGGAGGUUCACUUGUAUCUGUGAAGAAGAACGAUGACCGCGCCAUAAUUGUGUUUGAAGAUGCAGAAGUUGCAGCCCGAGUGCUGUCUAAAGAGCACCACGUUCUGCAUAAUGUUGAACUGAGUGUGAGAAAGCUUGCCUCAAAGGACCCAUGCAGACUCCUGCUGCGGGGGAUCAACCCCAACACCAGUAUAGAGAUGAUAGAGCUCUAUGUGGAGAACAUGACGGCACAGGAUGACUUCACCCUGUGUCCCUCACCGGGGAGAGAUUUGAUCCUCAUUCAUCUCGGUGAACCCCUCUCAAAAGAUUUCCAAACACUUAGCACACAAAUGUCCAAGAGGGGACUUGAUGGGGCUAAAGUAACUCUUGAACAGGUUGAACAACCUGACUCCAUCCUUGUGGAGAAUUUGCACCCUGGAGCCACUCCGGACUAUCUCACUUUAUACUUUGAGAGCAGUCGUGCUGGGAAUCAGGAUGUGAAGGAGGUCACCAUGCUAUCAGAGAGUACAGCGAAAGUGUCCUUUUGUAAAUAUGAAUCUGUGGAUAUUGUCCUGGAUCUCUCACACAAACUUGAGGAUGCACAGCUCUCAGUGAAGCCCUACUUUGAUUUUCUUUUACCUGCAAAAAGUACAUCGCAAGAAGAUGAGAGCCAAGACAUAACUGAGAACUCUGAGGAUGUGAAUGAUAUUCAAAUGCAGACUAUUGCUCCCAUGGCGGUCAGCUCCAGCAAUCCAACCCCCUGUGAAACAUCUUCGGAGCCACUUGCUGCUCAUGAGGUUGUAGAAGAGGUGGCAGAGGCAGAGGAAGUCAUGGAGGAUCAAACUGACGAUGCAGAUACACUAACGUGUCAUAUUGCUAUCACAGAUCCAGUAAAACAUGCUUUGUUUCAACACAGUACGAUUCAAGAAGAUAUAAAGAACACUAAACCAAAUGUUAGUAUCCAGACUAAAGAUGAUGGUGUUUACAUUGAAGGACCUGAUAGAGCACAAGUAGAGCAGCUUAAACAAACCAUCUUGGACUUUCUAGGGAACAUAGCAGAGACUCACUUCACCCUUGAGCUGGAAAAGGCUCAGUUUCUUGACAGAAAAGAUGUGAAGGAGCGACUGCUAAAAGCCAUGAAGCAAAGUGGCGCCUCUGCUCUGUACGCUGUAUCGGACUCUAAUGUUACGGUAAUGUCUCUAUCCCAGAACUCAGCCGAGCAAGCGUGUAGCUUUUUAAAAUCUCAAGUCUGUCACUUCAGCAUGCCUUUGAACACAGAAUAUGAGGGCAUGAUGUAUUGCAGAGAGUGGUCAGAGUUCCUGCAGGCUCUGAGUUUCUCCUCUGUAAAAGUGGCAGAACGAGGAGGGAAUAUUGAUGUUUUGACUCUGCCGGGGAUGGAGAAUGAGAAGAAGGCUGCAAUCCUGCAGUUUCUGUCUACACCCAUUGAAAGGGAGACGGUCAUCUCUAUGGAACCAGGCAUGCUGAAGUACAUUCAGAUCUUCUGUCAUCAGCUCUUGGCCGACAUGGACCAAGUGUCUAUUUUUCCAUUAGAGGCUGAGGAUGUUUGUGGGUUAAAGAUCCACGGCCACGCUGUUGCCUGCCAAAUGGCAGAGGAGGUGCUGCAAGGUGUAGUUUCCUCAAUCUGCACCAGAACCAUCACAGUAAACACUCCAGGAGUGGCCCGAUUUUUAGAUGAAAAGGAGUGUCGAAGCAUUAUGAAUGAGAUGGAGACGAAGUUUAGUGUCCACAUCAGCCCAAAAUAUGUCCCCUGGCAGCCCCUGCCACACCAGGAUAUUUUUGAAACUGCGUGGCAAAUGAUGUCACACAAAAACCUCGAGAAAAUGUCUGUGGGCGAUUCUCCGCUGGAGUUGAAGUCAGAUUUGAUGCAAAUUGAUGCUUCAAAUGGAGGCCUUUUAGAGGAGGCAAAGAAAAUCGUCUCUGCUAUCGAUGAAAGACAUGUGGAAGGUGUGUCCGCGUCAGACGAGCAGGAAGACAUGGAUAACUUAGACCUGUACACAGCAGACGACCUGAGCAGCGUGAUGGACCAGGACUCUGAUGUGACAGCUGCUGAGUCCAAUCAGAGCACUGCAAGCAGUUUAUUCUUCAAUAAAGGAGGCGUGGGCCUUUCUAGCAAUCUGGAGGAAGAGGCCCAACUGUCUUUAGCUAUCCAGUACUCUAUGGAGUCAAGGCAUUGGUCCCCAGAGGAUGACGAGGAGCAGCUGCAGAAAGCCUUGGAGUUGUCCAGGAAAAUGUCCAGACAUGAAAACUCUUCUAAUGGGACUGGCAAGACACCCCAAGUGAACCAGCUGAAGAAGGCUAACAGUAAUACCACUCUGCAAGAUGCAAUCAAGGCAGCCAACACCAUCCAGUUAUUUGUGUUUGCAGGCUAUAGCUGUGACCUGAUUCGGGUGGACAUAGCCUUUAGUAAGAAGGUCAGCCAGAGACAGGUCGAGGAGAAAAUGGAGCACAGGAGCAUAAGGAACAUGUCCGAAUACCACAAGACAUGUCUGGAAAUGAUCAAGAGGAAGCAUGCAGUUGAGAUUCAGGUUCAAGGGACCAUAAUCACCAUAUCUGGUUUCAAGGACUUUGUGACUGGAGCUGUGUGUGAUGUGAAGUUGUUGCUGGAGAAAAUUUCCAAUUCUGUGUCUGACAAGGAAAUCCUGAAGACUGUCCAGUGGCUGCAGCACGACAAAGUCUCCUCCAGCACUACUCCUUAUUCUCCCGAUGCUACGGUAUUCAUUGAGAAUGCUUUUAGGAUGAAGCUGAAGAAGGUUGAUGUCUUGCUAGACAAUCAGCCCCACAUUAUCAACUUUGAGAAGAUGCAAGAAUAUAACAUAGUUUCGGGGAAAUCAGUGAAAAUCUCCAGGAAGUCGCUGGAAUUAGGGGAUUUGAAUGAGGAUUUACCAGAAGAGGAAUACUCUCUGCUGUCAAACUUCCCUGAAGCAACCAAAGUGGAUGAGGAAUCUGACGAAUUUCAGAACGUGGUGAAGCAGUUCUAUGAGACCAUACAGGAGUACCACAGCAAAAUCAGAAUCAUACAGGUUGAGAAGCUCAUGAAUCGGCUGCUGUACAAUCAGUACAAGUUGAAGAAGGCGAGUAUACUGAAGCAUGCCACCUACCCGGUGAUUGAACGCACUCUCUACCACGGCACGAGUGAGAGCAGUGUCAAGGAGAUCUGCGUUCAUGGCUUCAACAGAAGCUUCUGUGGAAAGAACGCCACUGUCUACGGUCAGGGGGUGUAUUUUGCUGUGAACUCCGCUCUGUCCGUGCAGGAUCAGUAUUCCCCCCCAAACGCAGAUGGAUACAAGUUUAUUUUUGUGUCGAAGGUUCUAACGGGAGAUUACACCAAAGGUUGCCAUUCAAUGAAGACGGCCCCGCUGAAGGAGACUGGAGAUAUCCCCCUCAGAUACGACAGCGUGACUGACAACAUCACCAAGCCAUCAAUGUUCGUCAUUUUCAACGAUACACAAGCUUUUCCAGAAUAUCUCAUUACAUGCCAGAGAAUCCACCGAUGAGGGAAUGAAUUAGAUACCGACAAUUAAAUUUGGAGAACAGACUACUGAUGCUUUAAGGCUUCUACCGUCAGUUAAAAGAGCAAUUUUGAUUUAUAAAGAGCUAAGGUUGUGAUCAAACUCAUAAAACUAUUGAAGGGUUCCCCACUUUCACUUCUUCAGUUUGUUUGAAUAUGAUUAAAAAGAAUCAAACAACUGAACCCAAGAAGCCAAUUUUAGUUCAGUAACCUUAAACAUGCCCUUUCAGCACAUUUACAGCUCAUUGUGCCGUGGCUUUUACAUAGGCAGCACUUACUGCAUGGCAUUUGACUUGUAAUAAUCAAUUUGGUACUCACUGGUAUCACUCCCACACUCCAGUUAAUAUUACCCUUGCUUUUCCUCACUAAAUGUACCGUAUUUUUCGGACUAUACGUCGCUCCGGAGUAUAGGUCGCACCAGCCAAAAAAUGCAUAAUAAAGAAGAAAAAAACAUAUAUAGGUCGCACUGGACUAUAAGUCGCACUU